AUGACGUCCGAGGGAGGUGGCCUGGCGGAUAGGUGCCCCACCCCCUCCCGCCCCACCCACUUCCUGGCGCUGCGGCUCUCGCACUCGCCCGGGGUCACUCAGGCAAUCGAGAAGGUCCACCACGCCCUGCAGCAGCACCACCCCUCCCUCUCCGACUUCAUAGAACCCGCCGUCAAGGCGCACCUCACACUGCUAGUCAUGGCGCUGCAUGUGGGGCCCACACUGACUCCGGCAGCCGCAGCAGCAGCAGCCAGGAUGGGGCCCGGGCAGGAGGCGGCUGCUGCUGCUGCCAGCUGCCAGGACCCUCUGACCGCUCCACCAGUCGACACCACCACCACGCCCGCCACCGCCAUUACUGCGCCGGUAGCCGCAGCAGCAGUGGUUGCAGCACCGCCUCUGCCACCCAUCCCGCUCAACCCAGCAGAGGACACCCCAGCCGCCGCAGCCGCGGCUCCGGGCCUGCCCUCCGGCCUCGCUACAGCUCCAGCUACCCCCGCCCCCGCCCCCGCCCCUGAGCUCCAGCUGCCCUGG